UUUCUAUCUUUAUUUCUGUAGACUGUUGGUGUAAUUAUUUCUAAUAUUCAACCGGGUUGGACUGAGAUCUGAGUGAAGCCUGGGCGAGUCGGAGCAUCAUUUCUGCAUCGUUGCUGGUUCAUCUGAGAUGGAAGUGAGAUGUCGGCGUUCUGUGGUGGUGAUGCUGCUGCGUGCCAGUCUCGCAUUUUUGCUGGGUGCGGUGUGCACCCACUCCGAGCGCCAGUACCUCAACGAGUGGGCAGUGGAGGUACCAGGAGGGGUACAAGCCGCCCGCACCAUCGCCGACGACCUGGGCUACCGGUUAGUGCGACAGAUUGGGGCCCUGGAAAACCACUAUUUAUUCAAACAUCACACUCAUCCUAGCAGGAGUAAAAGAAGUGCAGAUCACAUUACUAAAAGACUGUCAGAAGAUGACAGGGUUUCUUGGGCAGAGCAGCAGUAUGAGAUGACGAGGCAUAAACGUGCUCCGCUCGGGCCAGGCUGUAAAGAUUGCUCUGUGGAUAAACUUUUUGAUGAUCCGAUGUGGAACCAGCAGUGGUACUUGCAAGACACACGGACAUCACCGUCCCUCCCAAAGCUGGACCUGCACGUCAUCCCCGUGUGGAAGAAAGGCAUCACGGGUAAAGGCAUCGUCAUCACCGUGCUGGAUGAUGGCCUGGAGUGGAACCAUACCGACAUCUACCCUAAUUACGAUCCUGAGGCCAGUUAUGAUUUCAACGAUAAUGAUCCUGAUCCUUUCCCCAGAUACGACUCCACCAAUGAGAACAAACAUGGUACAAGGUGUGCAGGUGAGAUUGCCAUGCAGGCAGACAACAACAAAUGUGGAGUCGGAGUGGCUUACAACUCCAAGGUUGGAGGAAUCCGAAUGCUGGACGGUAUUGUGACCGACGCCAUCGAGGCGAGCUCUAUAGGUUUUAAUCCAGAACAUGUAGAUAUCUACAGUGCCAGCUGGGGGCCUAACGACGAUGGAAAAACAGUAGAGGGACCUGGUCGGCUGGCGCAGAAAGCCUUUGAAUACGGCAUUCAAAAGGGCCGGGGUGGAAAAGGCUCCAUCUUUGUUUGGGCGUCGGGUAACGGGGGUCGUCAGGGUGAUAACUGUGACUGUGAUGGCUAUACGGACAGCAUUUACACCGUCUCCAUCAGCAGUGCCUCGCAGCAGGGCCUCUCACCCUGGUAUGCUGAGAAAUGCUCGUCCACCCUUGCCACCGCCUACAGCAGCGGCGACUACACCGACCAGAGGAUUACUAGUGCAGACCUUCACAACGAAUGCACAGAGACCCACACUGGAACAUCUGCAUCUGCUCCACUAGCAGCUGGCAUAUUCGCCCUGGCACUAGAACAGAAUCCUGAUCUGACCUGGAGGGACCUGCAGCACUUGGUGGUGUGGACGUCCGAGUACGACCCGCUGGCAAAUAACCCCGGCUGGAAGAGGAACGGCGCCGGACUCAUGGUGAACAGCCGCUUUGGAUUUGGUCUGCUCAACGCUAAGGCUCUGGUGGACCUGGCGGACCCCAAAGAGUGGAAGCACGUGCCUGAGAAGAAGCAGUGCAUUGUGCGAGAUGACAGCUUCCAGCCCAGGCCUCUAAAAGCAGCAGGUGAGAUCAGUAUUGAGAUCCCCACUAAGGCAUGUGCAGGCCAGUCGAAUGCCAUCGCCUCACUGGAGCACGUGCAGAUGGAGGCCAGCAUCGAGUACACCAGGAGAGGAGACCUCCACAUCACACUCACCUCUCCAUCAGGUACUACUACAGUGUUACUGGCUGAGAGGGAGAGAGACACAUCAUCCAACGGCUUCAGGAACUGGGCCUUCAUGUCUGUACACACCUGGGGAGAGAACCCUACUGGAACCUGGAUCCUGAAGAUCACUGACACUUCAGGGCGGAUGGAGAAUGAGGGGCAGAUAUUAAGCUGGAAGCUGAUUUUACAUGGAACAUCUGAUAAGCCGGAACACAUGAAAAAGCCAAGAGUUUACACCUCUUACAAUGCCGUUCAGAACGACCGCAGGGGAGUGGAACACAUGGAGGACAUGCUGGCGGAGGCUUCACUCCAGUCGAACAAACCUGAGAAGUCCCAACCACUACCAAAGGUUGCUGCCCUCACUCCUGCCCCUGUUUCAUUCCCGGAGGAGACGCCUGCUUCAUACCAGGCUGAUCUCUCACCAAAUAUAGCACUGAUACGCCUCCUCCAGGCAGCUUUUAACAGGCAGACCCCUGCCAUCUAUCCCCACUCAGUGGCUUCCCCUGACCGAGUGGAUUCCCGGAACAGGAUCGUUCCACAGAAGCUGUAUGAGGCCAUGGACUGGCUUAAGAAGGACACCAACCCUAAAAACAACCUAUACAACGACUACACCGAUGACUUCUACAGAGCUCAGGCUUACCGGCACAGAGACGACCGGCUGAUGCAGGCUCUGUUUGACAUGCUCGGAGAAGAACGUCAGUGAUGGGAGAAGGGAAGGGAGGUUCCUAAGGAGUAGAUGCAGGGGUUAAAUAAAUAAAGUAUCAAGAAUCAUUAGGGUAGCAAAAAAUGGAAAGGGCAGGUGAGAAAGAUGAGCGUUUUAGAACCAGGCACAGAAUGAGAAAUAUUUACAAGCUUAUUAUUUCUAAAGCCUGUUCGUACUUAUCGGUAUCUGUGUCAGUUCCAUCUACUGUGCUGUGAACUUUCUAAUAUGAACAGGUUCUCUUUUUUUGACCAGCAGUUAUCUGACAAAUCAUGCACUUUUUUACUCUAGGAUCUGUAUUGCCACAUUCACUUCAUUUGGGAGAGUUUAGUUUUUGUUUGUUUGUCAGUCACUGAAGAAAUCCUUGUUUAAGGUCAAAGGUAAAGUCCAUAGCCUGUGAAGAGUAACAGAACACUUAGCUAUUGAAUUAGGGACUUGUUAUUUACAUCUGGCUCCAGAUUUAAAACUAGGCUACAGGGCAUGAGUAAUGAACUAGUGCAUGUAUAAGAAGGACUCCACCAACUGCCCCUCCAUCCAACUGAUGUUGGGCAAACGCCAACUCCCAGACACUAAUUGGGCGACACUUUUUUGAUUCCUUCUGCUGUCUGGUGCCUUUAGGGUACUUUAUUACAGACCUGUUACUUGGGAAUGGAGGGCUAAGCAGAGUUAAACACAGGGUGGCUCCAGUGCCUUAGAAGUUAAAAGUGAUCUUAGCAGCCUUAUUUGUCUUUAACUCUUUUUAAAGGUGUGUGCAGUGAAGAACAACACCAGUAAAACACACUUUUGUGGCUGCAGAUAUGAUAUCACUGGCUGCAGGUGUCUCGGAGCAAGCACAUGCUUGCCUGGACACUCCCAGAUACUUCUGACCAUUUGAACCAGUCUGAAACGGGUUUAGUAGUAUGUAUCAUACUUGUUGGCAAACUGAAGGUGUUAGGAAGGUUGUUAGGAAAUCAGGUGAUCUUUAAUGAGCCAAAGCAAGUUGCCAGCUGUUUCCACUAGUUUUAAUUGCCAUUUCUGUUGCACUAAUAGGAAAUGCUUAACAAGUCACAUAUUGUAAAUUGUAUCCAGCAUGGACAGGUACAUCUGCAGGUUAGCAUUUAAAAGGUCAACAACUGAAAUGCUUGAACUCCCACAUGAUGAGAAUGUGGCAAUUGCUUAUAUCUGGUUGAACCGUGCUUCUGGUCCCUUCUACCUAUGGCUGCUUACACCACGCUGCUUUCAUUCCCACCUACUUCGGCAUGUUUGGCAAAUGAAUAUUUUCUCCAGAAAUGAAUAGUGUUCUAUUUAUUCUAAAAAAGAUUAUGUUGCUUUAUUACCAUAUUCAGGACCUCUUCCCUUCAGUUGUUACGAUUAAUCAGUCUGCAUAUUAAUUAGCCUUUCUUACUCAUGUUAGGAAAACAAUCACAUGGAUGUGUAUAAAGGACAAGUUUAAAAUGAAUACUACUGAGAGAGGAUAGAGAUUACAAUCAUUAUGAAUUUAUUAUUAUAUUAAAUAAAUAUAAAAUAUAUUA